AUGGCCGGAAAGGUAACUGGAUUUCGAGGAAACACCACACUCACAAGCGAAGUGGUAACGGCAAUGAUUAAAUCGAAAACGUCAAAUUAUUCCGAGUCCUUAAAGUUUACAGUGAUUGACCAGAUUACUAGUAGAAUUCCAGACAAUCGAGUAGAAAUAUCCAAAUUGCGAUUACCUGAAUCCAUUUCCGUCUCCCAAUUAGCUGAUCCUACUUUCCACAUACCACAGAAGAUAGACUUGUUGUUGGGGACGUCCGUGUUUUGGAACAUUCUACGAGGAAGAAGAAUCCAGCUGAGCAAAGAUCAACCAAUCUUCCAGCAAACCAACUUGGGAUGGAUCAUAGGAGGAAACCUGACACCCAUAGGUACAACAUUUACUAACACUUGCUGUACCAUAACAAAUGAAGAUCUAAAUAGACGGAGCUUAACACCCGAGGAAGUAGCUUGUGAGAAGCAUUUCGAUGCAACGACGAAUCGAGAUGAAGAAGGAAGAUUCGUAGUAUCUCUGCCAAUAAAGGGAGAUAUCAAGAGAUUAGGAGAUUCCGAGUAUAAUGCCAGGAGAAGACUAAAAUCAAUGGAACGUAGAUUCGGGAACGACUCGGUAUUGCAUCUACGAUAUUUGGAGUUCAUGCGAGAAUACAGAACCAUGGGCCACAUGGAAUUGGUUCCCGAAGCCCAAGGGAAUCAAGAGGUCGUAAACUAUCUACCACAUCAUGGGGUAACAAGGGAGGAGAGCACUACCACCAAACUUAGGGUAGUGUUUGAUGCGUCGUGCCAAACGUCAUCAGGAGAAGCUUUAAACCAUUUGUUGAUGGUCGGACCUAAAAUACAACCCGAACUGGCAGAAACCCUGAUACGAUUCCGGCAACACAACUAUGUCCUAACCGCAGACAUAACGAAAAUGUUUCGCCAAAUCAAGAUUGCGAAAAGGGAUAGAGCGUUGCAAAGAAUCCUUUGGAGGGAAAAUCCUGAAGAUCCGGUCUGCUCGUACGAGUUAACAACAGUAACUUACGGAACAGCAUCGGCUCCAUACCAUGCACAAAAGUGUCUUCAGCGAUUAGCAAUAGAGAGUGCAGAAGUUUAUCCCGAGGCAGCGGCAGCAAUUCUCAGCGAAUUCUAUAUGGAUGACUGGCUCACCGGAAGUGAUUCGAAGCAGAAGCUGCAACAACUAAAAUGCGAGGUGAUGCAGAUCCUAGCGACAGCUGGGAUGGAACUACGGAAGUGGCACUCCAACGCUCAAGAACUACUAGCAAGCUCGGAAGCAGAACAGCCCCUUACGUCAAGUGAGGAAACGAAAACCCUAGGAAUUCGAUGGAAUUCAAGAGAAGAUACCUUUAAAUUCAAGGUGACGUUACCAAUGGGAACUUGCAGAUCAAAGCGCAGCAUUCUUUCAACUAUCGUGCAAAUCUACGAUCCAUUGGGCCUUAUAGGGCCAGUAGUAGUGAAAGCCAAACUAUUUAUGAGGAAACUAUGGAAACUAAAUGUGGGAUGGGACGAUAAAAUUCCCACCGACCUAUUGGCUGAGUGGAGUUCUUAUCAAGAGAGGCUUCACGCCAUGGAGGAGAUUCAAAUGCCACGUCAGGUAGUGAGCAAGGAAGCAAAGCAGGUAGAGAUGCACGGAUUCUGUGACGCUUCGCAGUCAGCCUAUGGUGCUUGUCUUUAUUUGUGUUCGACUGAUACAGAAGGAAAUAGAACAACCAGGUUGUUGAUAGCUAAAUCUCGCAUUGCUCCGCUAAAAGUUAUCUCCAUACCGAGAUUGGAGCUAUGUGGUGCAGUAUUACUGGCGAGACUCGCCUUUAAGGUAAGGAAGAUUAUUACACUUCCAAUUUCAAGGUACAACUACUGGAGUGAUUCAAGCAUCGUGGUGCACUGGGUCCAAGGCGACCCAGCGAGAUACAAGGUUUUUGUAGCAAAUCGUGUGUCAGAAAUCCAAGGUUUGACAUGUCAAAGGGAGUGGCGGCAUGUACCGACAGGAUCAAAUCCAGCAGACGUUCUUUCGCGGGGUAUAGACCCUCGGGAUUUACCUCGGGCGGAGAUGUGGUGGUCAGGACCCACAUGGCUAGCAGCAAGUCCAGACAAGAGGCCGAACGCGUUUAUAAGGGAAACCCCGGAGGAUCCAAAAGAGAAGAUAAAGGGAAACAUAUUCUUGACGAGGACGAGCGACGAGUAUGAGCUGUUUGAAAGAUUUUCUUCGUUGCCCAAGUUGCGACGAGUGGUCGCACAAUGUUAUAGAUUUAUGGAGAACUGCCGUAAUAACCGCAUGCAGCGUCGCAUUGGACCUUUGGAGGUGGAUGACUUAAUAAGGGCAAAUACAGCACUAGUCAAACUAGCGCAACGACAAGCUUUCGCCCUGGAGAUCGGAACAUUGGAAGGAAAGGAGAAGAGUAUUCCUCGUACCAGUCGCCUCUUGGCACUGAAUCCGUUUUUGGACAAGGAGAGAGUAUUGCGAGUUGGAGGACGACUGAAGAACGCCCUUCUAAGUUAUGAGCAGCGAUUUCCUACUAUCCUACCCUCAAAUCAUAUCCUUUCCACUCUACUCAUUAGGGAAACUCAUUACAAAAAUUUGCACGCAGGGCUUAAUACGAUAAGUGCGAUAAUUAGGGAAUCUUAUUGGAUUGUAUCCGCUAGGAGCGAAAUCCGUCGAGUAUUACGCAAAUGUAUAUUAUGUUUUCGCAAGACUCCACCGCGAUUAAAUCAGAUUAUGGGUAACUUACCUGCCACACGAGUGAAUCCCGGUCGUCCGUUUGCCCACACUGGAAUUGAUUAUGCCGGUCCAUUUACAAUUAGAAUCUCUCGUAAUAAGAAUGGAAAGGCUUAUUUAGCCGUAUUUGUAUGCAUGGCCACUAAGGCUGUUCAUUUGGAGGUCGUUUCGAACUUAUCUACAGCAGCAUUUCUUAACACUUUGAAACGAUUUAUCGCACGACGCGGAAAAAGUUGUAAUCUUUACUCGGACAAUGGGAGAAACUUCGUGGGAGCCAGAAACGAAUUGAAUGAUAUUGCAAGGUUUUUACAAUCUGAAUCUUUAAGAAACAAGGUGUUAGAUUUUACAGCCGAACAGUCCAUUAAAUGGACAUUCAUUCCUUCUUAUUCACUUCAUGUCGGAGGAUUGUGGGAAGCGGCUGUGAAAUCAGCAAAGUCUCAUUUGAAGACGGUUGUGGGUCAGAUUAGCUUAACUUUCGAAGAGUUAACUACAGUGUUUGCGCAAAUAGAAGCAAUACUUAAUUCACGACCUCUUACUCCUUUGUCAGGAGAUCCAGCGGACUUAAAUGCGUUAACUCCGGGACAUUUUUUGAUAGGUAGUUCAUUAACUGCGAUGCCGGAGCCCCAGCUAGCCGAGGUUCCGUUAAACAGACUAACUCGAUUUCAACUGAUAUCUAAAUUAGUACAGGGAUUUUGGAAGCGCUGGGCUCGAGAAUAUGUUACACAGCUACAGACCCGACAAAAAUGGAAGAAGUUACAGGAGCAUCCUCAUCUCAAGAUAGGCGCCCUUGUAAUGCUACGAGAUGACAAUGCUCCGCCCUUACAAUGGAGAUUAGGGCGUAUCACCGAGAUGUUCAAGGGAUCCGAUGGACUUAUUAGAACCUUAGAAAUUAAGACAUCGUUUGGCUUAACCAAACGCGCAAUACAGAAGAUCUGUAUCUUACCUUUGGAGGAAUAA